AUGCCCCCCAACACCACCACCACCACCACCCCGCCCCAGAAAGUCUUCAUAACAGGUGCAACAGGCUACAUAGGCCGAGUAGUCACCGAAUUCGCCAUCGCAGCAGGGCACAGCGUGCGUGGUCUCUCCCGCAGCGAGGCAGGCGACGACCUCCUGCACAGACUGGGUGCAACCCCAGUAAGAGGCACGCUAAGCGACACCACGCUCCUCACUGAAGAAGCCAAACACGCAGACAUGGUCCUCCACCUUGCCUUCAGCCACGACUGGAGCAAGCCCUACGCAGACCUGCUAGCCCUGGACAUCACCGCCGUGGACGCGCUAGCCAGCGCCCUCCAAGACACGGACAAACCGCUAGUGACGACCGGCGGCACACUCUGCGUCCAACCCGAUCCCUCGGGCGGAGAAACCGACGAGACAGCCCCCUUACCACCCUACACGCCCCUACCCCGCCACCUAGCUGAGGAACGCGCCCUCGCGUGGGUGUCCAAGGGAGUCCGGAUAAGCGUACUCCGCCUCCCGCAGUACGUCUACGGCCGCGAAACAGACCACGGGUUCGCGGCGGAUCUGAUCCGUCUUGCCGUGCGGGAUGGGGAGGCUGCUAAGAUUGACGACGGGGAGUGGUGUUUCUCCUCCGUGCAUGUGGAGGACGCGGCGCGGCUGUAUUUUCUCGUUGCGCGGUUUGCGGGCCCUGGGGAGGUUUUUAAUGGGGUUUCCUGUAUGGAUGUGACGUAUUCGGCGCUGGCAGGGGCGAUUAGCAGGGUUGUGGGGGUUGAUGUUGUGUCGCGGACGAGGGAGGAGCUGGAGGCGAAGUGGGGGAGGUUCUUGGUGGAGUUUGUACUGGUCAGGAAUCGGGCGAGUGGGAGGAAGGCCAGCGAGAGGCUGGGGUGGUGUCCUGCUGGGCCGGGGAUCUUGGAGGAGGUGGAGUUUGGGAGCUAUGUGCCUGUUGUUGAGCGGUUUAGGAGGGGGAGGGAGAGUGUUGUGGGUAAUGAAUGA